AUGGUUGGCGAAAAGGGUGGAGUGAAGCGAAAGCGACCAGCCGCCUCGCGAGUCUCACGAAGCAAGAAGAGAUAUUGGAGGAAAGGAGCCGAUGUUGGAGAAAUUGAAGAAGCGGCUGUACAAAUACAACAUGAGAAAGAUUCUGGCGGGCAAAUUGCUGAACGAGCCGAUGAUGAUCUUUUCUCUAUUGAUAGGGCACCAACUGCAAAAGAAGAGAAGAAGUUCACCAAAAAACAACAGGCCGCUCUUAAAAAGAUUUCGGCACUUGCGACAAGGAAUGCCAACGAGGUCUCGCUUCCAAUGUUUCCAAAGAAGCCGUCAAAACCACUUAAAAAAUUACCUCGUCCAACAGUCGAGGUCAAGAAAGCGAUGAAAACAAGUGUCAAGAAAAAUUUUGAUCUUUGGGAAACAGAUCUUGAAUCAAAACUGGUCCAGUCUGUGCCGGAUGCGGCCAAGGAUGGAGCCGCUUACUAUCUUCAGCAGACAAAGAAAGUUCAAUCUAAAGUGCCCAAAACUCUUCGUCUGAAAUCAUCAUUGUUGAAAGCCGUUGAGGUGCCUGAAGCUGGCGCCUCGUACAAUCCAGAAUUGGAGUCAUACGUGAGCUAUGUGCAAGAGAUUGCUAAAGAUGAGAUGAAAACGAUCGCUGAAGAAGCGAGAUCGGAACGGCGAAGCAAAUUGGCUUCCGGAGAAUCGAUGGUUACUUCGAAAGACAAAUGGAAAGAAGUGAUGGCCGGAUUGGAAGAUGACGAGUCAAAUGAGGUCAAAAUGGAAGCAGAAGACGUCAAUGGGGAAUCUUUCCUCUCUGGACCCGUUCAAGUCAAUCCAAAGACUCGACGACAACGUCGUAAACAAAAGGAGCAAAAGGAACGUGAGCAGAAGAGAUUGUCAAAGAAAGCCAACGAAUCGAAUGUGUUCAGGUCUAAAAAGAUACUCAAGAAAAUCGCUGAGGAAGAGGCGGCACAUAAGGAUAAGCUGAAGAUGAUUGGUGAUAAAAAGGCUCUUGAUGAUAUGACAAAGCGAAAGAAGUUGGGCAAAGGACGCUUUGAAGAGGAGGAGACACCGUUCUUACUUACGGAGGAGAUCACCGGUUCAUUGCGCCAGCUGAAACCUCAAGGAAAUUUGCUAGCUGAUCGAAUGAAAAGCCUUCAGAAACGUAACAUCUUGCCAAUUGCUGGUGAUCGAAAUCAACACCGACUCAAACAAAAGCUCCGCUUCAAGGUCAAGGAGAACAGAUCGCACAAAGAAGUCAAGCAGGGUACAGUACUACGG